UUAUUAAAUGGCCGGGCACACUUGAACAGUCACCACUCGAGCAGUUUUCCCCGGUGUCACGUGGGCAGUUCAAGAAUGGAAGGAUGGAUGAGAGAGGAAAGUGCCGGUAGGGCAGGUGCAACUGCUGGGAGCCAGAGUGGGGCCAGCAGGAGAGGAAGAGGAAGGAGAGAGGAAGAGGAUAGAGGGCAGACGCACCCACUGGAAGUUCUCUCCGGUCAUCCAUCGAGUCUGGACUCUACCCUGCGGCACAUUGUCCAACAGUUGGAUAUUCUCACUCAGACUGUUUCAGUGCUGGAGGAGCGUCUCACCCUGACUGAGGACAAGGUGAAGGAGUGUCUCAUCCACCAAACCGAGAUUCUUAAAGACAUGCGAUCAUCAGGGGAGAGGCGGAGCACAGAGAGUGAGGGGACCGAUGGAUCACCUGUCCAAUUCACUUGAGCAUGGCCUUGCCCUCCUUCAGACUGUAGCACAAACACACAGGCUGAGUUAUAUUGCUUAACCACAAGACUGCUGGACACGAGUGUGUGUGUAGGUGUUUGUAGGUGUGUUUAUGCAUGUGCGUGUGUCUAUGUACGUUUGUGUCUAUGUACGUGUGUGUACACCUUGGUGGUCUCUCUCAGGGUCAGUGGGUUAAUCAGGAUUUGGGCUGGGGUUAAAGUGAGUUUUUGUGUGUGUGUGUGUGUGUGUGUGUGUGUGUGUGUGUGUGUAAAACCAGCAUAUUUUCUUCAUGUCUUUCUUCACCUCUUAAGGAUAUCCAGCUGUACAGCCAAGCACAGUCUGGCUGGGACAUUCCUGUGUGUGUGUGUGUGUGUGUGUGUGUGUGUGUGUGUGUGUGUGUUGAUAUGGAUGUGGAUGUUAUGUCCAAUCGGGACAGCUGCAGCUAUGAAAACAGACGGUGCUUGUAUGCCGUAUGACCUCUCUAUAUGUGUGUGUGUGUGUGUAUUUACAUGUGUAUGUUUGUGUUUUAGCACAUGUUUUAGCAGUUGGUUGCUUAUGCAAUAACAUUGUAAUCUGUUUGCAUCUUUAUAUAAUGCUAUGUCAUUUUUAAACCAAGUCAUGCUGCAUAAAGCUUCAAAUACACAUCAAAUUAUAUAUGAAUAAAUGAUAUUCUAUAUUGCA